UGAUGGAAACGAAACCAAAACCAUGUACAGUGAGAAAUCGGAGAAUGGCCAGAAGACCACUCUGCAAAUAAAGCAAGACGACAAGUUCUUCUGCAGGCUUCUCUCCAAAGAGACCUCCAUCUCCAACCCUUCUUUCAGAGUCACCCCUGUGGCCGUCCCUUUCCUCUGGGAAUCUCACCCUGGCACUCCCAAACACCCCUUCUCUGAUCUCUCUCUCCCUCCUCUCACUCCUCCUCCUUCCUACUACUACAACGCCAACAAUGCCUCCAACAAACCCAUCAACAAUAAGAAGUCUUCAAGAUCCUAUCUUUCUCGCUUCUCGUUUCCAAGAUUCAAUCUUAGGAAGACCCUUCUUCUCCCUUCUUCGCCAUCUUCCUCUCUGUCCUCGUCGUCGUCGUCUUCUUCUUCAUCGGACUCCUCCAGGACUGUUGGUUCUAAUGGGAGGAGAAGGCGGUUCUUAAGCUGCGAUUCUGCUGCUGAUUUGUGGGGAAACUCUAACUGUGAAGAACAUGAUGAAGCUGUUGUUGUUGCAGACUCUAGAAAUCCCACUUCCUGCUUUGGAUUCCGUCGUUCUGCUAGCUCCAAUGGUGGAUUUGGAGGAUGCUAUGGAAGGCAAGCUUAGUGAGGUAAUUUAACCUCACCAAACUGAAAUUCGGUCCCCCAUUGCUAGAUUUGUUUACUUUUCAUUCUUAAAAAAUGGGCAAGUACAUGUAAUUUUGGACAGAAUUAUAUGUAGUUUUAAUAAUGUUUGAAAGACACAUGUGUAAAUAAUUUACACGCGUAUGAACUAGACAUUAGUGGCUCUGAUAGAAACGAGCCAGUUUGUGAAUUUGUGAGUUUUGAAGAACGGAGUUAAAUAAGUUUGAUAAUGGGAGACCAGACUAUCAAUAUCUGUGUAGUGGUCUGGGAUCUGAUGAGGCCACUUGGUUUUAAUUUUCACUUUCAUCUGUAAAUCUUUCAAGUUGUGGUCUUCUUAUGGUAGAAGGCAAUCUGUUUUCUUCCGUAGAAUUGAACUGUGAAGUUGGACUCUGUCAACUUUCCUUCUAUAUCGCAGGUAUUCUCAAGUUAGCAACAUGUCAAGAACUACAAAAUUACGUAUUGUCCCUUAUCUUGUGGGCUUUCGGCUCAAGUUAGUUUUUUGCUUUGUUUAAUUUUGACUUUUUCUGUUUGUGUA